UAUUUCUUUAUAAAUUCUCACUCUUUUUUUUGUUUCUUCUUCUUUUCCCUCUUCCUCUAUUCUUUUCAUAUUCUUUUAAUGGCAUCAGACACAAUUCAUAAAGAUAAAAGCGCUUUACAUAAUAACCAACGCAAAACGAAUAAUAAUAUUCGAAAAUUCUUUAAUCGUUUCCCACAUAAUAAAUCACCACCAUUAUCACCAAGCAGUGAUAUGAGUCAAUGCCCAGUGUUAUCAUCCUCGUCAUCACUGUCGAGCGAAAAUGAUUUAUCACCCACACAAAUCCAAAUUGAUUUAGUACGCACAAGCUGGGAACGUGUGUCGCAGAUUCGACAUGCUAAUGAUGAUCGUAAUAUCUCAUCUGCGCAUGCUUUCGGAUUAGCGUUCUAUGAUGCAUUGUUUGAUAUGGAUCGAGAAGUAAAAAGACUGUUUGAUAAUGUGUUUCAACAGGCGAGAGCGCUCACUGGAAUGAUUUCGUACAUUGCCAGAGCACCUGGUGUCACCACUGCAUCGAGGCCCCCUUGUUGUACACCGACAAUGCCAACCACAAUUCGUGAUAUAAAUGCCUCUAAAAAAGACAUCAAUAAUACACAAGAGUAUGAAGAAGGAGAUCCUGAAUGGCUUGCUGCUCAAAUGAGAGAAUUAGGUGCUCGACAUUACUUUUACAACGUAAACCCUCAUCACUUGGAACUAGUCGGUCCAGCCUUUGUAACUGCCCUUAAAAAAAGAUUAGGAGACGAAUACACUGACGAUAUUGGCGAUGCAUGGGUCAAGGCAAACUCAUAUGUCGCUUAUAAUAUGAGGUUAGGGUUCGAAUCUCAGCAGGCCUGGGAAGAAGGUUCCAUUACGACCUCUUCUUCAAAGAAAUCAAAAGCUUCAUGUUCAAUACAAUAGUCAUUUCUCUUCUUUCUCUUUUAUACAUAUUAUUAGCAUUAUAUCAAUAUGCAUGCAUAUUUUUUUUUCAGCCUUCCCCUUUCACUCUCCAACCCGGACCUAUUUUCCCGCGCUUGGAACAAUCCCCAUCCCUUCUUUUUUUUAUAUCAUUUUACUGUACAAUUAAAUAAAAAUAUAAAAACCGUGCACAAA